AUGGACUCCAUGUGGAAAAAUCUACUUAGACAGGAUGAGCAGUGCUGCCUUGCCAUCUGCCUGGCCGUCAACUGUCCCCAUACCGGACUGACUGACGACACGUGGUACCCGCCGUUUGACAGAGUAAAAGAAGACAUCAACAGUACCUCGGGAGACCGAUUCGUUGCCUAUGUCAUAAGCAGUCUAUGUGGGCCACUCCAAGGCAAAGAGUUCGUCGUCAAGGUGGCCGCGCUUCUAGCCUGCCUGAAACUCCGCGACGCGCACGAACAGCCAGACGAUGGCCCGUACGACAACAGAAUCAAUCUCCUGUUCGAGUUUGAUAAGGCGUUGAACUUUGACUUUAGCAACAUACCUGUCAUUGCCAAGGUGCUGGAGCAAGUUCUGAUGUUCUCUGCGCGGAUAUUGGAAAUCCAUGCACCGGAAGACGCUAUCCAGCCGGGGCUGCUGCCGGCAACUCUCAACCUCUGCGACGAUUCCGUGUCGAGGAAGAUGCUUUAUAUGUACUGCUGCGUACGGAUCUUGUUUCCCGACACCCACGAGUCGUCGAUGCACCGCACAAGGGCCGUCUUUCAGUUGAACACCGCAGACGUGUCCGAGUUGUUUCUCAACACGCUCAGCGACGGAGAGCUGGAGUUGGUAGGUCAUUCGAUGUGUGGCAUGGAUGAGGACCUGUCCGAUGAAGAGUACGUCAGCACGUCCGACGCCGAUUCUAGCUUUGUCGGAGGCGUAGAUGUGUCUGAGGAAAGCUCUGAGUCGAACACGGAGGAAGAUGAGGAUGAUGUAGACUAG